AGGGAACAAGAGGAGGAGGAGGAAGAGGAGGAGGAAACACUGGAAGAAAAGGAAGAGGAUGGAUACAGUGAGUGACGACGGUGUCACAGAUUGCCACUUGGUCAGGUUCACGGUAUCUACCAGCGUAAACACACAGAGGGCAUAACAGAGGCGAGCUAAACACCACAGGAGUCUAACGUUACUGGACAACUGUCUUUUUCUUGGUUCCUCUUCUUGUUGUUUUCGCUCCCUUGGAGGAAGAAGGGCGAGGAUAGUAUGGCUGCACUUUCUCCACAGAUGCGAGGACUUCACAUAGAUGAGGGAGAAUCCAGAGUCCUAAAGGUGAAAGUCGUUGCUGGAAUUGGGCUGGCUAAAAAAGAUAUACUUGGAGCCAGUGAUCCGUAUACAAGACUAUCCCUGUAUGACCCAGUUAAUGGAGAAAUCACAAGUCUUCAGACUAAAACAGUCAAAAAGACACUUGACCCAAAAUGGAAUGAAGAAUUCUUUUUUGAAGUUGAUCCCAGGAAGCAUCGUCUGCUGUUGGAGGUGUUCGAUGAGAACCGCCUGACAAGGGAUGACUUCCUGGGACAGGUGGACGUCCCCUUAAAUCAGAUACCGACAGAAAAUCCUAAUACAGAAAGGCCAUACACAUUUAAGGAUUUUCUGCUUCACCCACGAAGCCACAAGUCCAGAGUCAAAGGCCACCUGCGUCUCAAAAUGACCUACCUGCCAAAAGAGCCAGGUUCAGAGGAGGAAACCGUAGAGCAGACUGGGGACACGGAUCCUAGUUGGGAGUAUCUGGAGGCUCAGGACAUGUCGGGUCCCAGGCAGAGCCAGCUGCUGCCCGCUCUGCCCCCUGGCUGGGAGGAGCGGCAGGACAACCUGGGGAGAACAUACUUUGUCAAUCAUGAGAGCAGAACCACACAGUGGCAGCGACCCACAGUCCUGGACGAUGACCUGCAGAUACAAAGAAGACAGAACAAUGAUAUGGACGUGGAGCAGGCUUUUAUUACACGCAGGCAGAUCUCAGACCAUGAUGAGAACUCCACACGAGAGUCUCCUGAGAGCUGGGAGAUCAUUACAGACGACGAUGCCACCUUGUACCACAGCAAUAGCCAGGUCAUGUCACCUCCACCCCAUGGCCCUGAGGAGUUCCUCCCAUUUCGUGAAGAUCUGAGAAACUCUCACAUUUCUGCUUCCGCAGCUGGCGAGCUGCGCGCCAGCCAGGUGGAUCAUGCUAGUAAUUCAAGCCAUUCCAGUCGCAGAGGAAGUGCCCAGGCUUCAACAGGAGAGGAACAUCCUGUUAAUCCUGUGCUGCUUCCUACCUCGUCUGGGCUGCCUGCAGGCUGGGAGGAGAAGCGAGACAGUAAAGGAAGACGCUACUAUGUUAACCACAACAGCCGAACCACCUCAUGGACGCGGCCCCUCGUUCAGAGGACCCAGGAAGCACCAGCAGUGGCCCCAGCAGUUGCUCCAGCAGCGGCACCAGCAGUGGCACCACCAGUGGCCCCAGCACAGCACAUCGGCGCAGGUGUGCGCCAGAGCCCGACUCCGCCCUUACCGCCCAUGUCUCCUGAGGAGUCUCCUCAGCAAACCCCGAGCCCCGAGGCCCCACAGGAUUCUGGCUUCCUGCCGGCUGGUUGGGAGGUUCGCAGUGCUCCCAGUGGAAGACCUUUUUUCAUCGACCACAACACAAAAACCACUACCUGGGAUGAUCCCAGGCUGAAGAUUCCUGUGCAGAUGAGGAGGCGACCCUCACUCGACCCAUCUGAUCUCGGCCCUUUGCCGCCUGGCUGGGAGGAGAGGGUCCACACUGAUGGGAGGAUAUUCUACAUAGAUCACAACACCAGGACCACACAAUGGGAUGAUCCCAGAUUACAGAACUCAGCUAUAACCGGACCAGCAGUGCCUUAUUCCAGAGAUUAUAAACAGAAGUAUGAGUACUUCAGGAAGAAGCUGAAGAAACCGGCUGACAUCCCAAACCGCUUUGAGAUGAAGAUGAGACGAAAUGCAGUGCUGGAGGACUCGUACCGACGCAUCCUCUCCGUGAAGAGGGCCGACCUGCUGAAGGCCCGACUGUGGGUGGAGUUUGAGGGAGAAAAGGGGCUGGACUACGGUGGCCUGGCCAGAGAGUGGUUCUUCCUCAUGUCCAAAGAGAUGUUCAACCCGUACUACGGCCUGUUCGAAUAUUCUGCCACGGACAACUACACACUGCAGAUUAACCCUAACUCAGGUUUAUGUAAUGAGGACCAUCUGUCCUACUUCAAGUUCAUCGGCCGUGUGGCGGGCAUGGCCGUGUAUCAUGGCAAACUGCUCGAUGCUUUCUUCAUUCGGCCUUUCUACAAGAUGAUGCUGCAGAAGCCGAUCACUCUGCAGGACAUGGAGUCUGUUGACAGUGAAUAUUUCAACUCCUUGAUGUGGAUUUUGGAGAACGACCCGACAGACUUGGACUUGAGGUUCACCAUCGACGAAGAGCUCUUUGGACAGACUCACCAGCAUGAACUGAAGCCGGGCGGCGCAGACAUUGUCAUCACUAAUGACAACAAGAAGGAAUACAUCCAUCUGGUGAUGCAGUGGAGGUUUGUGAACAGGAUACAGAAGCAGAUGACUGCUUUCAAAGAGGGAUUCUUUGAGUUGAUACCUCAGGACCUGAUCAAGAUCUUUGAUGAGAACGAGCUGGAGCUGCUCAUGUGUGGGCUCGGAGAUGUGGAUGUGAAUGACUGGAGAGAGAACACCAAGUACAAGAACAGCUACUGCUCCAACCACGUUGUUAUCCAGUGGUUUUGGAAAACGGUUCUGCUGAUGGACGCAGAAAAGCGAAUCAGGCUGUUGCAGUUUGUGACGGGAACAUCCAGGGUCCCAAUGAAUGGCUUUGCUGAGCUCUAUGGGUCUAACGGACCACAGCUGUUCACCAUCGAGCAGUGGGGAACACGUGAUAAACUCCCCCGAGCCCACACAUGCUUCAAUCGGCUGGACCUGCCGCCCUAUGAGUCUUUUGAGGAGCUGAGGGAGAAACUUCACAUCGCCAUCGAGAAUGCACAAGGCUUCGACGGGGUGGAUUAGAGCUUGAACUCUUAUUGAGCUGAACAGACAUUACUGCGUGAUGUGGUGAAGAGGAACUCAGUGAGAGAAACAAGCUGUGCCUCAGAUCCAGGUCUUAACCGGCCGGCUGUGUGACUGAUGAAGGAAAGUCGCACAACCUUCACUCCUCUGUUGUAGCCCACAUGGAGAAAGGACAUGAAAUCUGGUGUGGCGGAGGUAUUUAAUCACUCUGUGUUUUUAAGUUUACAAACAAACAUGCAAAGCUGUAUAGUCUAUAACUUGUAGAAACACAUUUGUUUCAUUUGGGCUGAAUUGCCUCAGUAAAACUUUGUAUGCUCAUCAUCAGGUAUUUGUGAUAUUUUCUCUUCAGAUUCUCCUUGGUGGGAAAUUACUCACUUCUGUUGCUGUUGUAGGGCUGGAAAGAGUGGACCAUGGGUUAGAUUAUUCAUUCAUUCAGGUUUAACACAUUUAUAGAAGCAACUCUUGAUAUAUGAAUUACAUUUAAUGUAUAAAGUAAACAAAACAAAGCAGAAAUCCCUUUAAACGUGACAUAAACCCCCAACUGGAACAAUGUGACAAACAUCCAGAGGUUUUAACGGUCCAGUGUGUUGGGUUUAUGGGGCUGUACUAACCCAAAUAUAUAUCAUUUAAUAUUACUAUGUUUUCCUUAGUAUAUCAUCACCUGAAACCAAGACUUACUGUAUUGUCAUAAGAAUUAGCCCUGCAUAUCAUAUCAUAUUAUUGGGGUUGGGUCCCGUCCCCCUGGAGUCUUCUUUGUUGCAUUGCAAUAUUUCUACAGUAGCCCAUAGCAACCAAACUAAAACACAGAGUCUGGAUAUGGAGGUUCACGUUUUUGUGUUGAAAUUAAUUGCACAAAUAAAACUAUUUGGAAGAUAAAGAGGAUGAAGAGGAAUAAAGGUUUGCUAGUGCUAGUUUUCUGACAAACUGACUCUUCAACACAAGAAAAGGCAAGAAAAAAAACCUGCGUAGCCUUUUCCAACUCUCUGAGAAAUGACACAUGUUUUCAAAGUUGCAUAGCUUUUUUCUCUGGAUAGGUAAUUUAGCCCACCAAACAAUUGGACCUGAAAGCACAGUAGGAUCUUCCACACACCUUGAAAGGGAAGGGUGGGGUGGGGUUUUCAGGGGCACGAAAUCCCACACUCUGGCCCUUUAAAAAAUAAGAGAUGAAGGCAGCAACGUGUCAGAAGUUUUAAACUGAGACCUGACUGAUAAAUUGGCAAUUCAAUCUAAAUAAAACCAAUGUAAACAUGCUUUGUAUCCUUUAAAUUCUACACGUAAUAAAACAUUUUCAUUCCAUCAUCAUUAGAAUUACUGAUGCAAAUCCCAAAUGUAUGCACCUCAGAAGCAUUGUUUGCAAAAAUGUGAAAGAUAUAUUCAAGUUUUCGUGACUAAACUUAAGGAAAGUGUAUUAUUUAAUCAUUAUAGUAGUGAUGUACACAUAGCAGGACCAGUAAAAGGCUAAAACAUUAUACAUUUUUACUUUGUUUCUCACUACGUGCAGUGUUAGAUUGUGCUGAAAUACGAAGCAUAAUUGUACAUAUAGGCGUAACAUUAUUAGAUGUGUUUUUUCAGUUAUUACAUAAAUAUACUGUACAUAAAUAAAAUCUACAAAAUGAUGAAGCAUUUAUUUUUUAAAAUAUUGUGAAAUUGGCAAAUAACUGUUAAUGAUGCACCUCUAGAUUAAUACAUUUUCUGACACACAGUGCCCGUUCAUACUCAAGUUUAACACUGGUAGUUUGUGUAUCAGAGGAAUACACAUCAUAUAUCCCAGAAAAAAUAUCCGACAGACUGACCGUAUCAGCCAUAUCAUUUUGUUUCCUCUACUCAUCGUGGGUAUCUGAUUGCAGCACUGUGCUCUAUUUUUAAGAGUACACCUUAAACUUUUUGGGUUGUCAAAUUGUGUACAGAUAAUUGUCUGUUUUUAAAAGGAGUAAUCACAUGUUAGUACCUUUGUAGGAAAGUAACUGUACUUCAGCAGUAGUUUUAACAUUUUCUAUAUGGUAAAACAUGCGUUUACACAACCUGCCAUGUUUACAGGUCGUUGCUAAAAGCAGAUAUUGUUGAGCUGGUUCUUGUCUCUCUGACAACACAAUUUUAUACUUUAUGCUUUUAUAAAGUGAAGCACUUUGUUAAUAUCCAUGAGUCUUACUUCUGAACUGUCUGAAUCUUUGCCAAUCUGUCACCUGCAGACUGCUUGAAUCGCUUUUGAAGAAACGUAUCCUAUGCUUCAAGUGCACCUGUUUAAAUGUUUACAUGUGAACAUUGCUGAAAAUAAGCAGUCUCUUCUUUCAAUUAUAUUUAAAGUUAAAUACAGAGGCCUUCGUUUGUAAUGUAUUGUACAUUUUGAUUGUUUAUUGAUGUUUUGAUCUCUAAAUGGAAGUACUGUUAUAUAACUAUUGUCUACUGAAGAAUAAUGAAUAGAUCAACCCCUAAUUUCUGAUAUAUCAACUUUUCUUAUUAUGGAUUUAGAUAUAACACCUAUAAGUGCAUUACAACAACAACAACAAAUACAUGCAACAUAUAUACAACUGUUUAAAUGUUGAAAAUGAAUUGUAUGAGCUGUUAAAUCACAAUUUGAUGACGUACAGCACACCAAAUUAAAUAUAAAUAUAUUUGAAAAUUAAAAUAUAUUAAAACAA